AAGAAGUACUAGAAAAAGAUAUGUAUUAUUAUCAAUAACUAUCAAAAUAUUCAUUCACUUGUUGAGAAGUUAUGGAAGGAGAGGGAAAGAGGGAAGAGAGAAAAUGGGCGAUAACAUGGGAAGGAUUUGUUCAAGAGCUAAAGAAGGCAGGCUAUUUAGCAGCUCCAAUGGUGGCCGUGUCAGUAUUGCAGUAUCUCCUACAAGUUGUGUCUGUGAUAAUUGUAGGACACCUUGGUGCACUUGCACUCUCUAGUGCUGCCAUUGCCACUUCUAUUACCAAUGUUACAGGGUUUAGCCUUCUUUCAGGAAUGGCAGGUGGACUGGAAACUCUAGCUGGCCAAGCAUAUGGAGCUAAACAAUAUCAAAAGCUUGGAACCUAUACUUACAGUGCAAUCAUCUCUCUAAUAAUCAUGUGCCCUCCAAUUUGUGUCCUGUGGAUCUUCAUCGGCAAACUACUACCUCUACUAGGCCAAGACACUUCAAUCUCUCAAGAAGCCUGCAAGUACUCAAUGUGGCUGAUCCCUGCAUUAUUUGGGGGCGCAGUUCUUAAACCUUUGACUAGAUAUCUUCAGACACAAAGUGUGAUUCUACCAAUGCUCAUAACAUCAUCUUUCAUCCUAUGUUUUCACACCAUUUCAUGCUGGACUCUUGUGUACAAACUGCAAUUAGGACAAAAGGGUGCAGCUAUAGCCUAUAGUUUAUCAACUUGGUUGAAUGUGAUAUUGCUAGGCCUGUAUGUAAAGUUCUCCUCAGCAUGUGAAAAAACUAGAGCUCCAUUGUCAAGAGAGGCACUUUAUGGUAUCAGAGAAUUCUUUCAGCUCGGUGUCCCUUCUGCUAUUAUGGUUUGUCUUAAAUGGUGGUCAAUGGAGUUGCUGAUUUUGCUUUCUGGUCUUUUCAAAAAUCCAAAACUGGAGACUUCAGUGCUUUCUAUAUGCCUCACAAUCUCUACAUUGCACUUCACAAUACCAUAUGGAUUUGGAGCUGCUGCAAGUACACGAGUAUCGAAUGAACUAGGAGCUGGGAAUCCUCAAUUAGCUAGGAUGGCAGUUCUGGUUGCAUUGUUUCUUGCUGGCAUAGAGUCAGUCAUUGUGAGCUCAGGACUCUUCCUUUCCCGGCAAGUUUUGGGAUAUGCUUACAGCAAUGACAGGCAGGUUGUGCGUUAUAUUUCAGUCAUGACUCCUCUGAUUUGUCUCUCAUUUAUCAUGGACAGCUUACAAGCUGUCCUUUCUGGUGUGGCUAGAGGAAGUGGAUGGCAGAAAAUAGGGGCAUAUAUCAAUCUUGGUUCAUUUUAUCUGGUUGGACUUCCAUUGGCUGCUGUGCUUGGUUUUGUAGCUCAUUUAAGAGGAAAAGGCCUUUGGAUUGGAAUAUUAGCUGGGUCAUUUGUGCAAUCAGUUCUUCUUUCUAUCGUUACUGCUUGUACAGAUUGGAACAAACAGGCAACAAAGGCAAGGGAAAGGGUAUUUGAGAGAAGAUCUUCAAUGAAGGAUGAGGAUAAAUAGAUUAUAAGAAUGUAUAUUUUUUUUAGAAAUGUUCGUAGCAUGAUCCUUUGAUAGUAUGAAUUUGCACUUGGUUCAUUGCCUUGUUCUUGUUGUGCUUGUGAGCCAAAGUGGCAGGGGAUUUGCUAUAACAUUUUUAAAACAUUGUAAAUACAUCAUCUUAUAUUUAUUUUAG